AUGGAGAAAUGGAUCCUCAAAAAAAUAAAGUAUUUGCAGUCCGGGGGCCUUUCACCUUCUCAUUAUAAUUUAAAGGUUGAUUCUUUCAGGGAACGGAUCACAAGUGAGGCAGAAGACUUGGUGGCAAAUUUUUUCCCAAAGAAGUUGUUAGAACUUGAUAGUUUUUUGAAGGAACCAAUCCUAAACAUCCAUGAUCUAACUCAGAUCCACUCAGACAUGAAUCUCCCUGUCCCUGACCCCAUUCUUCUCACCAAUAGCCAUGAUGGACUGGAUGGUCCCACUUAUAAGAAGCGAAGGUUGGAUGAAUGUGAAGAGGCCUUCCAAGGAACCAAGGUGUUUGUGAUGCCCAAUGGGAUGCUAAAAAGCAACCAGCAGCUGGUGGACAUUAUUGAGAAAGUGAAACCUGAGAUCCGGCUGCUGAUUGAGAAAUGUAACACGGUCAAAAUGUGGGUACAGCUCUUAAUUCCCAGGAUAGAAGAUGGGAACAACUUUGGGGUAUCUAUUCAGGAGGAGACAGUUGCAGAGCUAAGAACUGUUGAGAGUGAAGCUGCAUCUUAUCUGGACCAGAUUUCUAGAUAUUAUAUUACAAGAGCCAAAUUGGUUUCAAAAAUAGCUAAAUAUCCCCAUGUGGAGGACUAUCGUCGCACCGUGACAGAAAUCGAUGAGAAAGAAUACAUUAGCCUUCGUCUCAUCAUAUCAGAGCUGAGGAAUCAAUAUGUCACUCUACAUGAUAUGAUCCUGAAAAAUAUCGAGAAGAUCAAACGGCCCCGGAGCAGCAAUGCAGAGACACUGUACUGAGGCCAGGGCCAGGGCCAGGGGACUCUGUGAGUCUGGCUCAAGACCGACAUUGCCUUGGUUUGUUACAUGACUAUCGUGAUGGGGAAACUGGCUGGAAAUAGUAAUCACACCUCUCUGUUUUUAGUUAGAGUCUAAUGAAACUCUCAUCUAGUUCUGUGAUGUGUUUACCUCUUUUUUCAGGCCUCAGGAACUCUUCUAUAUCCUUCCCUAAUACCCAAACCCAGCCUGCCCUAAUUUCUGGAGAACUCCAGGUUUGCGUGUGCAGGAUUUUGGCACAAGAAUACUUGUGUUUUCUCUCUCCCCUUUUCUCCUUCCUGUGUCUUAGGCUUUUUAUUUUCUUCCUUCUGAUGAUUAGUUGGUUAAAAGCUGAGGGAACUAUAGGGAAAGUGCUAGAUGUUUUUUAGGAACUGGGGUGGCGAGGGUGCUCAUCUCUCUUCCUCUCAUAAGGCUAGUAUCUCUUGCCUCUGUGCGACAUUGGGUCUUCCCUGCCACAAAUUCCCUGAUGAUAACAAAGGGGUUCCCAUCUAUAUAUAUAUAUAUAUAUCCCACCUUGAACCUGAUCAUGACAAGGAACACUUUAGGCUUUCAGCCCAACUCCUAGCUCCUAGAGAUGUUUUUAUAACUGGGGUUUUCACAUACACAUGUGUACGCAUGUACACACUCAUAAGGACAUGUGCACAUGCCUUCAUACUCCAUUGCCUAAUAUACCUUCCUCCCUUCACACUGCCCCUCCACCCCAGUCCCUGUGACACACACACCUUUCAACAGGUAUAGUUGUCUUAGUCCAGGCAUAAGUCCUGGGCCCAUACUUCCUCCUUAUGUUUUAGCCUUUUGGUGCCCAGGGUAAGUUGGAGGAGAACCAAGAGCUGAGAAGCAGAGGGUGAGGAAGGCCUUUUCCUCUGUGACUCAUGUUCUUUUUUGGUCUUAUGCAAAAGCUGGUCCUCUGACUCCUGCUUGCCUUCUCCCAGGCCAGUUAUUCAUUGGGGUGGGGUGUCUGCAGCUGUGAGGUCCAUAUGCUGCUACUCCUGUUGGGCUUUCCCUUUGGGAAAUAUUUCUCUUAUUUAUAGUAUUGUGCUUCCAGGGAAAGCAGUAAUUUGUGUGUAUGCACAUUCACACAUGUACACGUUUGUGUGUGUGUGUGUGUGCGCGUGUGUGUGUAAAUAUGCUGGGCAGGUCAAAACCAUAGAAGAGUUGCCUCCUCUUGAUUCUUCCAGAGAUAUCACUUACUGUUACAGCUUUUGUGUUAAUCCUGUCUGCCCUCAGCUUUUUUAUUCCAUUAAUGAGAGUUCACAUUUGUGGUCAGCCUGCCAGGCACUCUCAGUGUCUAUUUCUGACUUUUAUUCUUCUCCAUCUCUGUCUUCCAACCCCCAAUCAUAUUUCCACCUGGGAUGCAUCAUUUUUACUCCCAGUAUUCUGUAGAAAAGGAGUCAGGAUGCUCUCUUCCCAUGAACAGUGCUCAGUAACAAACCAACUGCAUUUUAGUUGGGCAGAACCCCUACCCAUCCCUCAGAUCCCUUCCAGCUAAACCCUUUCCUCCUCCUACCAUGUGUUUCUGUUUCCUUUUUUGAUUGUUCCACCCCUCUUCCCUGGAUCGUAAUGUAAAAUUCUUUUACAAUGUCAAGAAAUUAUUAAAAAUACAGGUACUUUGACCUCUUUUUUUAAAACUGCAGACCCUGGUGCCAUGCUCUGGUGGCUAGGGACACACUGAUACGUGCAUGUACAUUUGGAUACCCACCUCCACAGACACUUCUAGCCACCCUGUUGUGUGCCCUUCUGCCAACUGAGCUGCCUCUUUUCUCUGGGAUAAUGGAAAGACUGAGGCUUCUGCUGAGCAAGAGAGAGGGUGGGUCCAUCAUUUGUUUUCAAUGUGAACUAUGUGAAAGUUAGCCCUUCCCAAACCUAAGCUGCUUUUUGUCCCUCCCUGCACAAGAUCCCAGUUUCUUCCAUCCCUGAUGAUACCCAUAAGCUGCCAGUAGAGGCUGCUAUGGUUCCAUGUGGGGAAUGAUCUGGUCAAGGUGUACCCUACCCAGUCAUUUUCUUUACCUUAUACUAAUUCUCCUCUCUGAAUAGUGUCUUAAGUCUCUUGAGGAAACUCCUGGUCUUGAUUUCAGAUUAUUUGGAGGGCUUCCUAGGACUCUUACCUCCUUUCAAAUAAAGUUUCCUCAACUUCCACCUUGCAAGUAGCCUGGUUUCCAGCAAUCCCCAUAUUGUCUCUGAAAAGAGUUUUAAGGCCUUCAGCAAUGGAGGUACAACUGUUCUAUUCUGUUUUAGAGAUCAGUACCAAUCUAGCAAUU